CAAGAUUCAAAACAAUCGGCAGUAGAAUUAUUUAAGAACAGCCCAACAAAGCAAAAGCAAAACAUACAUUUUUAAUUUUUUUAUCUGUAAUAUAUUCGAAUUGAAAUAUGAAGCGCCGACAAUUAUGUGUUGGUGAUGUUGAUGAACCGAUUGCUAAACGCACUCGUCUCCAGUUGAGUACGCAGCCGCUGAUGGUGCGUUUGGGGAUUUUGCCAUCCGGACCGCUGCAUCUGCUCUUUGGCAAAUUGGAUGCGACGGCGCGAUUAUCGUUGGCCAAUGCCUCGGUCAAACUGAAGGCGGACUAUGAUGACUUUAUGUUGCAGGAAUACAAGUGUUUUAUCCAUCAUCAGCGAAGCAUUGUCAACUCCGACGACCCGAUGCCGCCUAUAAUUUCAAAGGUUUUGGACGAUGCGGUUGGCUUAUAUGUUUCAGCUGGUUAUAUACCAAGUUUUGUUAGUGUCUUGCCGCAACUAUUUGAUGACAGGCAUGAGGUUGGGAGUGUUUCGAAAAUGCAAAAUUUUCUGUAUGACUUCUACAAAAAGCUGGAGGAGGAUUUCACUCCAAGACGACCUUUUCAAAAUGCCGCCGACAAGUUGCAGCUGCAGCAACUGCGUUUGAACAAUUUGAUAACGCUCUUGACAAUGUUGCGUAAAUUUCGCGGGUUUCGGGGGAUCAAAGGGGAAAAGAAUCUGAUGCAUUGGCAGCUGGGCAUUCAAGUCGGGGGUAUUUAUUUUUCUGAGAGGAUAAAGACGAUAGACAACGAUGCGGAUAAACUUAUUGAUCUAACAAGACAUCUCGCUGAGCUGUUGGUGUGCGACAUGUGCGGCACAUCAUACAACAAUUUAUUUAGGUCCGUUCCUGAGCGUUAUGAUAUUGGUGUUCACCAAAACAAUCCUCACACAUGCCUCGAACUCAAAUUCAGCAUACUGGGGACCGAAAGUCUGUACGAUCUGAUUGAUAACAUCAUAGCCGGACAGUUUGAGAUAUCGGAGGUGAAGGACUGGACAACGAUGGCAUUCAGCAUCCGAUUGAAUAUUAAGAGCAGACGAGAUCGGAAAGCUAUGGCAAAAUAUUGGCAGAUUUGCAUAUUGCCGCUUAAUCCAAAAUUGAAAUAGACGUUUUCAACGAACUUUUCUUUUGUUCAAUGUUCUCCUCAGAUCUAUGAUACGUCGCUUUCCACCACGAAAAACUCGGUAUUCGAAUGGGAAUAAGUAACAUAUUUUCGAUUUAACCACAGAUCAACAAAUUUUUAGCUUCGUUUUUCACCUCGGUGUAAAUAUUCUCAAUGCAUUCAUUCAUUUAUUUGUUCAAGAUUCUGAUGCAUGUUGCUUCGAUGCCCCCAGCUGGAAUUAAACAUAGGCAUUCAUUUGUUCAAUAUUCACCACGAAUGCACGUUGCUUCGUCGUUUUUCACCACAAACAUGUUACGAUCAAUGAAGUCUGUGUGCGUGUUGCAAUCUACGGUUCAGUCGUGUGUCGCUCUUUGGGAAAAUAACACGAGCAACAUGUUGAACAUUCAGGAAAAUCUCUGCCUCAUCGUCACUGUGAAUGUGUUGGUAUUCUGCUUUUUUAUUGCGGUUGUUAUUUGGCUAAUCAACAAUGGAGCCUAAUUUUAUUACCUUAACCACUUACCACACACAACAAGUCAACAUGCAUUUCCAUUGAUUUAACUAUGAAUAUUAAAUUGUUCGCUGUUCGAUUUGAUCGGAAAUAUAAGCCGAUUACAACAA